UGUUGAUUUUAUUUUUGCCAUUUAUCCAGAAAUGUUUGUUUACUAUUGUGUGUGUGUGUGUGUGUGUAUCAUCGUCGAAUCGAAUUUAUGGUUGCAACUAGAAUUGUCAACAAAUUCGAAUUGAACCUGUUUUGACUGGUAAUCUUUUUUUUUCUUCAUUUCUUAUUCAAAAUAUUUUUUCAUUCAAUUUAAUCCGAUUACAAUCACAUUACAUGACAAGAAUUUUAUAAUUUUCGAAUUUCUAAUCCCGAUCCUCUGAUGAUGAUGAUGAUGAUGACGAAAUGAAAUGAAUUAUGGGCCUUAAUCCAAAAAAAAUUUUCAUUCAUUCAUCAUGAUGAUCUUCUUUAAAAACAUCAAGAUUUUGUUCAGAUUUUCCAUUGUUCUCCAUUAUCCUUGAACUAUUCCAUAUUCUCAAGUAUAAAUUCUUCAAGAUGUGUUCUUUUAAUAUUUGUGGAUAAACAAUAAUAUCUACAUGUAAAAAAAGUUCAAAAUUAUUGUGUUUCUCGUUUGCCAACUCAUCGUCAUACACAUUGAAUGUUUGAAUUGAAUUCGAAUUCGUUCUGAUCAUAUAAUAUCAUGGCUCAUUUUGUUCAUCAAACAUAUGAUGAUUCAAGUCCAUCCGAUGAAUUGAAUACAACAAACACAACAUCAAGUCCGAUAGAUGAAUUAUCGGUAUCAAUGGAACCAUCAAGAUUAUUAACAAGAAAUAUAUCAAUAUCUGAUAUUAUACAAUAUCAUAAAUGUUCAAUACAUCAUCAGGAUGCUGAAGCAUCUAUCGCUGAUGCUACUGAUUGUCUACGUAUGAUUACCGGUAAAAUGGAAUGGUUCCAUCGGAAACAUCAAUUUUGUCCACAUUUAUUCUCUAAUGAUGAUCAACAACAAAUUGUAUCAUUACAUCAACGAUUAUUAAUUGAAGAAAUACCAUUUAUAGAAUUACAAGAUCGUCUACGUAAUGGAUUGAAUGUUGAUAUACCGAAUGAAUUACAGGGACGUAUAUCAUCGGUUUGUCGAAAAUUUGAUGAAUUAAAACUUCGAUUCGAUAAUUUAUUAUCGAAUGUUAAUCAACCAACUAUGGCUCCAACGACGACGACAACGACAACAAUCAAUAAUAGUGCAGUUAUUGAAGUUUAAUUUCUUGUUAUCGAUUAUCGAUAUUAAAAAAAAAAAUAUUAUUACGAAUACAAAUGAUCUAAAAAAGAUUUUUAUUUUAUUAAAUUAC